AUGAAUUCGUAUUUCGCAAACCCGUCGCUCUCAUGCCAUUUAGCUGGUGGUCAAGAGGUUUUACCUAACGUGGCCCUAAACUCAACUACCUAUGACGCUGUUCGACACUACUCAUCCUACGGAGCCGCUGUGGCCCAAAAUCGGAUAUAUUCCUCGCCUUUCUAUUCGCCCCAAGACAACGUAGUGUUCGGCUCGAGCAGGGGACCGUACGAGUAUGGAUCCAACGUGUUUUACCAAGAUAAGGACGUGCUGCCCAGCUGUAGGCAGAGCAGUUUGGGACAAGGUGCACAAACCUCACUCCCCCAGGAUUACGCGUCUGAUCAGGGCAGGAACGGCUCGCAGGAACAGAAGGGGAACAUUCAGAUCUUCCCGUGGAUGCAGCGGAUGAACUCUCAUAGCGGAGUUGGAUACGGUUCUGACAGACGAAGAGGCCGCCAAAUUUACUCCCGGUACCAAACUCUAGAACUCGAAAAGGAAUUCCAUUUCAACCGCUACUUGACGAGACGCAGACGUAUUGAAAUCGCCAAUGCACUCUGUCUCACCGAACGUCAGAUAAAAAUCUGGUUCCAGAAUCGCCGGAUGAAAUGGAAAAAGGAAAGCAAUCUAACUUCGACUCUCACCGAAAGUGGUUCGGCAGGGGUGAGUCAAGACACGGGUAAAGAGGACACAGAAGAGGCGACAGAAGAGAAGAAAGAAUGAACGACUUCCUAACUUACUAUAUGCAUCAAUCCGCCGUUCUGUGAGGAUAACUUAACUACCUAUCAAGUAGUCUACCUAUAAACUAUUGUU